AUGACGCAGACAUCAACACCGACAAGUACUGAAACACAGGUACACACAAAGACAGCUACGUCUACGGCAAGGACGAGCGCUCUGCUGGCUUCCCCGAAUGGCCCUCCCGAGCACCGUUACCAGCACUCAUCUACCGGUUCUCCGAGACACACGGCGGGAGAGCUGACCCCAAGCUCCGCUGGUCAGCGUUCGGAUACCGAGGAUGGGAAGGAAAAGGGUUCUACUGUAGACAAGAAUGCGCCAGAAAUACACUUGGGUCAUGACAUGAUGGACAUUUCGUUUGAGCCGGGGAACGAAAUCUUGGACACGUCUUGGCUCCAGUUUCCUUGCACGACAACGGCCCCAGCCGACGUGGCCGACAGCAUGAACACAACGCUUGAGUCGUGGAUCCCGUCCUUCCCGAACGACAUCACCUGGUCGGCUCCUCUCCUGGCCGAGGUGACUGCCGCGGACAUGGCCGCGUCCACCCACGGCCCGCAGUACACGUGUGCCACAGCGCAACGCUGCGACGCGCUCUCCAUCCAGGCCCUGGAGGCCAUCACGCACUGGCGCCUCCACGCGACACCUCUCGAGAAGAUGUCGGCCGUGAAACGUGUCCUUUGCCAACUCGACAGCCUUGCCACCUGCACCCGCUGCGCGCCCAUGUCCACCUCGAUGACCAUGUUCGUCCUGCUCGCCGAGAAGCUCGUGGAGCAGUUCUCCCAGCUCGUCAGCUUUCUUGAGUGCUCGACCCCAGCCGAUAACUGGGACGCGACCGCCAACCUCGGGGAGUACUGCCUUGACACCGACGAGGAAUUCAAGGUCACGUGUCUAGCGCUGCUGCAGCUUAACAUAGAACGAUUCGUUACCAUCCUGGAGCACCUCGGCAAGCGUAUCGAGAUGCAGAAAUGGGAUAACCACCUGAACACCAUCCAGCGCCUGAUGGAACAGAUUUUCCCUUCCAGAGGCGUGGCUUUCGAGCCGAUGGUCGAGGAACGCGCGCUGAUCACGACAGCCACCAUCCUCGGCCACUCGUCCGAGCUGACGUUCUUCCAACAAGGCAUGUUGCCUCGUUGGACGACCGUGUCGCCCCGUCCGAGACGCCUGCUCUCCCGGCUGUCGAGGACAAAAUCGACCGAGCCGUCAAGGAUUGGCACAUAG